GUACGCGAUGGGAGGAGCUUCUGGGCAGGAGGAGGCCGGGCUGGAGCAGCGGAUUCGAGCCUGUUUGUGUGACGGACCUCGCUGCUGACACAUCGGCGGAAAGUUGAUACAGAGCUGCUGGGCAAGAUGUCUGACGACGAGCAGCAAGAGCAGACCAUCGCCGAAGACUUGGUGGUGACCAAGUACAAAAUGGGGGGCGACAUCGCUAACCAGGCCUUGCGGGCAGUGGUGGAGGCAGCCAAGGUGGGGGUUUCUGUGCUGUCCCUCUGCGAGAAGGGAGAUGCCCUCAUCAUGGAAGAGACUGGGAAGAUCUUCAAGAAGGAGAAAGAAAUGAAGAAAGGCAUCGCCUUCCCCACCAGUGUCUCGGUCAAUAACUGCGUGUGCCACUUCUCUCCACUGAAGAGUGACCCUGACUACACUCUCAAGGAAGGAGACCUGGUGAAAAUUGACCUUGGAGUGCAUGUGGAUGGCUUCAUUUCUAACGUGGCUCACAGCUUUGUCAUCGGAGUGACUAAGGAGGCACCUGUGACGGGCCGAAAGGCUGAUGUCAUCAAGGCCGCUCACCUGUGCGCGGAGGCUGCCCUUCGCCUGGUCAAACCUGGCAACCAGAACACACAGGUGACAAAGGCGUGGAACACGAUCGCCCAGUCCUUCAAAUGCACGGCCAUUGAAGGUAUGCUGUCUCACCAGCUGAAGCAGCACGUCAUCGAUGGUGAGAAGACCAUCAUUCAGAAUCCAACGGAGCAGCAGAAAAAGGACCACGAGACGGCGGAGUUUGAAGUGCACGAGGUUUACGCAGUGGACGUGCUGAUCAGUACUGGAGAAGGGAAGGCACGGGAUGCCGGCCAGCGGACAACCAUCUACAAGCGGGACCCCAGCAAACAGUACGGCCUGAAGAUGAAGACGUCCCGCCACUUCUUCAGUGACGUAGAGCGGCGCUUUGACACCAUGCCCUUCACCCUGAGGGCGUUUGAAGAUGAAGCCAAGGCCCGGCUGGGCGUGGUGGAGUGUGCCAAACACGAGCUGCUACAGCCCUUCAACGUCCUCCACGAGAAGGAGGGGGAGUUUGUGGCCCAGUUCAAGUUCACGGUUCUCCUGAUGGCCAACGGGCCCAUGAGGAUCACCAGCGGAGCCUUUGAGCCGGAGCUAUACAAGUCUGAACACGAGGUGCAGGACCCAGAGCUGAAGGCCCUACUACAGAGCUCUGCCAGCCGCAAGACUCAGAAGAAGAAGAAAAAGAAGGCUUCCAAGAAUGCAGAGAACGCCACAGGCCAACCAGUGGAGGAGAAUGAGGCCGCAGAAUAGACCCACCAAUGCACACGCACACACAUACAAGCUCGCACCACAAACACCCCAAAGAACAGAAACUCUACAGAUGACAUCUAAUCGGCCCCACUGCAAAUCCUGUUUAUUCCGGUCCCCUUUCGCACUUACUGCCCCAAAUUUAAACUGGACAUUAACUGGAAAGGGUUCCAAUUGGAAGCUUCUUUUUUUUGUGGCUGAAAGGAGCCCCUGAGAUCUGGGUCUUUCGGCUAACCUGGCCACCUCUUUGAAAGAGAAUGCUUUGCACUUCUGGUCAUGAUUUAUAGCUGAAUUCAUUGUCACUCCUCAGUUUGUCCCAGCAUUUCAAAAGUGGUGUGAUCAAUUGGAAUUGCAUCCGCAUCCUACAAUCCUACGCCAGUAAUUUGCAGCUAUGUGGUAUUCACCAUCGCCAUGCUGAGCAUUAGGUUCCAGGACAUGCUAUGAGAACUACUGAAAGACUGAAAAAAUCAUUUGAAUUCUGUUGACCAAAUAACCAAAUGCUGACGUAUAUAAUUAUUAGCUGUAGGAAUUUAUUAUCCAAAAUGGCAGCAGCCUGUUGGAACCAUUUUAAGCAAAAGAAAGUGGCCAGUUCCCCUCUUUUCUGUCAGAAGCUUAAGUGAGGUAGAAAGUUUAGGCAGGCAACCGACAUGCCCACAGAACUUGGGGCAAUAACACCAGUAGGAUCCGCUCUCAGAGAACACACACGCAGACGCACACACGCACGCUCACCCUGUACGGGCAAAGUGAACCACAGAAUGGGCGUGUCCCGCAACUGCCACCCCACCUUGCCUCUCUACCUAGGGCAGUCAUUUUCUUUCAUGAGUCUAACUUUUAACAACCUUGUGUAAAGCUGCCCAUUUUGAGUCCCUAUGAAUUUGGAAAACUGCGGGAAUUAUGUUUCCCCCCUAGUUUGUUUUUCUUUAUACCUCACUGUAGUCAGGUGCAAAUCCCCCUCCUAACUGACUCUUAACUGACACCCGCUUGUUUUUGGGAAGGCUCGUCUUCCUUUUGGUUUGUCUGGGCUGGCGUGAGUUGAUCACCUCCCCUUUUAUCCAUCAUGAACUUGCGCUCACAUUAGACAGCCACGUCCCUAAAGCACUCCCCCGCAGUUCAGCGAGGCAGAGGGACGUUGUUGCCAGAUUUGAUUUGGGGUGCCAGAUUGUCGUCACAAGCUUUCAUUUCUGAUUUCCAAGUCAACAGGCCAGUGAGUCAACAGGCCCGUGACCUGGGAAUGCGAUUGGCCACGGCAGGUCGCUCAUAACCAGUUGUUGAUGAAGUAGCAAACUGCCGUUCAGGACCCCUUGUUUUUCUUUCUUUUUUUUGCUAUUAAAGAAUUUGUUAAUUGUGUGCGGAUCAGCACGAGGGCGAGAACCCUGAGAAAAGGGUGAAGCUCUUGCCCUCGUUGUGCGAGUGAUGACGCUUGUAAUUUGGGUUUAACUUGCACCAUCAGUAGCUUGUUAAAGGUCUGAAGAGUCGCUAAAGUAAUUGAAGGCUUUGCACUCAACACCAGGGGACCUCCUACCCUUUACUUAAAUGUCAAAAGAUCUGUGACAUUCAGCCGCUGUGAGCAAAUGCUUUAAAGCCAAAAAAAGACACUGCGAACGCAAAAUGAAGAAUUUAGCAACGCCGUUUGAAGGUCCUAUUAAGGUAGACACAGUCUCCUGUAGUGACAGCUGCUCACCCCUACGCUUACUCUGUGGGUGUCAGGUCCACUGUUGUAAUCUCUGGGUUUCGACUUGUACUGUAACUUAGAGCAAGAAGCUGUCAAUAUUCCGGUCAAAAGAACAUGUAUUCACUAACCACUGUUUGAAGGGGUUGUGUUAUCCUGUCAUAUAUAACCCUUGGGUCAGACACACACCGUUUUGGAAAAGAGGCUCGGAGGAGGUGCACUGGAAUUUGUAUGUGGAGGAAGAAUACAGCCUGUCCCUUGUUUUUGUUCGUUUUUGUUCUUUGCUGAAAACGGGGGAAAAAAAUUGAAAUAAACUUUAUAAUAAUACCAAA